GCCUUCUUUUGUGUCCAUGUGCCUCUCUUUUUCUUAUAAGGACACCAGUCAUUGCUGGGUUAAGGGCCUCCUUUACUCCAGUAUGACCUUAUUUUAACUGAUUACAUCUGCAGUGACCCUUUUUCCAGCUAAGGCCACAUUCACCAGUACUGGGGUGAGGACUUCAGCAUGUCAUUUUGGGCACACAGGCAACUCCCAUCGCUGUCUCAUGAGCAGAUUUCUGUUGCUCCUUUGCCUGCUUCCGUGUGUCGGGUGCCCACCCCACGCUUUCUGCUCCCCAUUCCCUGGUGCCCACCUGGCCUCGAUGGGAUGGAACCAGCUAACUCCCUGAGAUUGUGCCCACAGGUGUCCAUCGCCUUCCAGGACCUGGCUGUGCGGUUCUCUGAGGAGGAGUGGCAGCUUCUGGGGGAGAGGCAGCGGGAGCUCUACAGGGAUGUGAUGCAGGAGAACUACGAGGCGCUGGUCUCCCUGGGGACGGCUGAGCUGCUCCCCCUCUCUGCCUUCCUGUCUCCUGCGGAGCCUGGACUGGCCAUGAGCAGGAGCAAAGCUGGUGAGGGACAGGAGCCACCUAGGGGAGGUGCCCUAGGAGGAGCACCCCAGCACAGCCUGCACCUCACCGCCCUGGUGCAGCUGGUGAAGGAGAUCCCGGGGUUCUUGUUCGGGGAAGUCGACCCUGAGAGCGGGGGAGCCAGCCUGGAUGGGGAGCGGGCGAGCCCGGAGGCAGCUGUGACAGUGGAGACUGGUCCCCUGCUCAACUGCCUUCCAGACACACCCGUCAGCCAGCCUAGUCUGGCCACCACGCCCAGCUCCUCGUCUAGCGGUUCACCCAGAGCCAGGGGCCAGGGAAGCCCCGUCCCCAUCAAAACUGCAGACACACCGGGGCCUACAGAGAAGGAAGGCCCUGGAGUCCCAGGCGGGGAGUGCAGUCCUCCCACCUGCAGCCCAGGCCAAAGGAAGAGCCACAAGAAACAGCAGAGAGGGGCUUCGGGGGCAGCUGCCACCAUCAGGGCUGCAUCGACCUUGGCCGAUCUUGCAGGUCCUGCAGGAACCUCUCCUGGGAGCAGCCCCUUGCAAGGCCUCAUCAACUGCCUGAAGGAAAUCCUUGUGCCUGGGCCCCAGCACCCUGAGGCACCCCUGAGCCUACCACCUCCUGUCCCUGGCCUGGGUGUGUCACGGCUACCCAGGGUGGAGCUGGGACCUGGAAGCCUGCCCUGGGGAGUGAAAACAGAGGCAGCCGGGGAGUGUCCCCUCCAGGGUCUGCUGAACUGUCUGAAGGAGAUCCCAGUGGCCCAGGACAUACACCCCAGCCCUUCAGGAGUGGGGGACCCGCGACUGCAGGAGGACCCAGGGGCCUGGAAAAGGAAUUCUGGAGGGCCCAGACCCCUCCAGACCCCUUCUCCUGGCCCCGGUACUGGUGCUGACGCUGGCCACAUGCUGUCUGUGAAGAUGGAGGAUGGCUGGGCCAGGAGCCCCCCCGUGCCAGUGUCCUGUCAGCUCCGCAAGCGGACACACAGCCCCUCUGCCACCCGCAGCUCGGGGGGCGAUGGAGACACCAGUGGGGUCCGAGUGCCCAGCUGGGGCCCAGCAGCACAAGCCAGCAGUGCCUCGAGCUCACCCCUGGAAGCCCUGGAGGCCUGUCUGAAGGGCAUUCCCCUGAGUGGGUCGUUACCUCCCCAGCCGCCAGCCACCUCUUGGUUCCGGAGCCCCCAGCCAGGAGACCCCGGGUCUCAGAGGCCCGAGCUGCAGCCCCGAGGACCACACAGUCAAGGAGUGACUAUGGGGCCUCUUCUGGCUCUGGGCCUGCAGGGCUUCGCCAGAGAUGGCCCUGCCCUGCCCCCAGGACCCCGCAGCACGCCCACCAGCUUCUCCUCAUCCAGCAGCACUGAUGGGGAUCUGGAGUUCCAGAUCCCGGAGGGUGGCCAGGGGCGCAGGCCUGGGAAAGGAAUCCCAGUUGGAAGCGCCCCACUCCAGGGCCUGGAGAAUUGCCUCAGAGAGAUACCUGUACCCAGGUUACAGCCGGCCUGGUCUUGGUCCUCAGCGGGCUACAGAGAACCACGGAGAGUGGAGCCUAAGAGCUGGACGGCAGACAAGGAAGGACUGAAGAGCGAGGCAUGUGAGCUUGUCCACCUCAGGGGGGACAUGCCCUCCAGGAGCCUGCGACCGGUGAGCCCGCAGGCACUCGCCUCUAGCAGCGUCCCCGCCUGCUGCCAGCGAGGGCCCAAAGACCAUGCGGCCCCCAGGCCAGGACCAUGGAGGUGGCUGCAGGACGGGGCAGCCACCAUGCCCUCCCCACUUCACUGCCUGGAGAACUCUCUGAAGGGGAUCUUGCCUGGGAGGCCCCUGCGCUUCGCCUGCUUGGCUGGCCCCAGCCCUGGCCCCGGCCCCAACCCCAGCCCCGGCCCUGGCCCCGGCACUGGCUCCAGCUCCAGCUGCAGCCUCGGCAGCUCAGAAGGAGAAGACCCAAGGCUGGAGCCUGAGCUCUGGCACCCGCUCCUGCAGGGGAGGGACCCUCUUCCCAGCAGCAAGAGUCCUGGCCCCCCGACCCCAAGCCCUGGCGGCCUACCUACUGGCAGUAGCCCUGGUGAAGGCCCUAGGAGAGCAGAGCCCAGGGACCACUUCAGUCUCAGUGCAGGAAAAGCAGAGGAGAAGACUGGAGGCAGACCCCAGGUGCCCAGGACAGAAGUGUGCUUGGAGACCUUGCAUCGGCUUGGCCCCCUGGGCAGCACCCGAGGAGGGCCAGCUGGGGGGCCCUGCCCUGCCCCUCGGCCAGAGAAAGGGCUGGGGCCUGGGCCCUGCCUGCCACCUGGGUCAGCUGCUCGGCCCCUGUCCUGGAAACUCAGGGUCAGUGAAGAAUCCAGGGGCCUGGAACCUGGACACAGAGCACCAAGUGCUGCAGCCAGGACUGAAGGGAGGCCACUUCCCAGAGGCCUGCCUGAGCCGCCCUCCACGGCUACCGUCCCUCCUGCUUUGCCACCUGCCUCCCCACGGCCACCGUGUCCCUGUGGGAAUUCCCUGCAGCAGGAGCUCUGCAGCCUCAGCGCCGCCCUCUCAGAGAAGCUGGAUCGGCUCGCCGCCGCCCUGGCAGGCCUGUCUCAGGAGGUGGCCACCAUGAGGACCCAGGUGGAUCGGCUGGGGAGGCGCCCGCGGGGCCCUGGGCCAAAGGGCCAGGCUUCCUGGCCGUGGGCCCUUCCCCGGGGACCUCACUGGGCUCAUGGCCUUGCUCACAGACACCUGCCCUACCGGAGGCAGAAGGGCCCCACCAGGCUGAAACCAAAGGUCCUGCCCGGCCAGGCGGAAGGCUGCAGGGCUGGAGACGCCUCAGGCCUCUCCCGUGAGACACUCCACCCGGUACCCCAGCUGCCUCCAGACGCCCCCCAGGCAGAACCUUCCGGGACCAGCUGCAGCCCUCAGCAGCCACCAUCCUCCGCAUGCAGCCGUGCCGUGGUCACUGUGCACCCCCCGCUCAGACACGCUGGGGGCCCCCAGAGCCCCCCUGCCUCUUCAGUGCCUGCUGCCUUCCCCCCUCAGACGGCCUCUCCUGCCACCAGUGCAGAUGCAGAGCCGCCCGCUGCGGCUGGGCCGGCUAGGACCCGAAGCUGGCCCAAGGACCCAGACGGCCUCUUGGCAGGAGUCAGAACCCUCGAGGAGGAACUGUGGGGUGGAGAACAUCGGGGCCCGAGGUGGGGGGCCCCUAACCGCCUUCUGCAUCAGCUCAGCCCCGAGGACACCCUGCCCCCGGCCGCCUCUCCCAGGGCCCAGCCAGCCCCUGCACGCCGCUCCGGCCAGACCUUCCCCAUUUCUGGGCUGUGAAGGACUGGACGUCCCCCUUGGCCUGACCGCCCCAGGCUCCAGGAUGCGUUUGCUCGGGGGGCCUCCACUUGGGGUGCAUUCCUCAGCCCCAUCUCUGUUCUUGUUGACUCAGGUUCAUUCAGAUUUUGCUCCCCACCCAUCGUUGCCACCAGAACUGCCACAGCUCACAGGCGGGUGGCGGCGUACACACCCGUGCACAGCCCAUGUGCCCGGGGCGCUCGGAGCAGCUGCAGGGGGGCCACACGAGCCCCUUUCCCUAGCACCUGCCCUUCCUGCCCUCAGCGCUGAGACGGCAGUGGCUCUCACCUUCCCGCUGAAUACGGGCAAGAUUUUAUUUGGAGAGAAAGCCACUCCUUGGUCUAAGUUGGAUUCACCCGUGUGGAUUCUAAAAGUUACAAAGGGUUGCUAAGGGAAGGUUGGUGCCUGCAGAAGGGGUGAAGCUCAGUGGGUCCACGCCAGGGUGUGGCUGCUCGGUUGGUUACCAGUACUGGGACACGUGGGCUUGGUCACCAGGAUGCAGUGUACUUGCAGCCAGCCCACUCUAGGUGUGGUCCAGGUCCAAUCAGGCCGUAUAGGAAAUUCAGAUCUUUUUAUUUUUUAAAGAAUGUGGAAAGUGAGUAAUAAGAUGAAGGGUAAGAUGCUCCAUGAUCUGCAGCUACAUUCGUCCCACAGGUCCGCUGCCACACACACCAGAAACCGUCACGGUGGUUCCCUGAAAGCCUCCAGAAUCACCAGUUUGAUGAAAAAUCUGAGCAGUUUAGGACUUCAGGAGUAUGUCCAACACUUUGGCCGACUAUGAGGAAAUGUCAGUUUGGUGGGAGAAACUGAGGGGCCUUUUUUGAACUCAGGAAUUCCAGGGGUCUGGAGAGUGGGGGGCCACAGAAGGCUCUGGCUCUGCCUGUCACCAGCCUGGCAAGUAGCCCGGAGGACGGCGCCUGGCUGACCUGGCAUGACCUUCCCUCCACGCGCUCCAGGGGCUACUUGCCAGCUUGAGGCUACUGUGAGGCAGGAAAGGGAAGGUCCCACUUCAACCAGUCAGAACCAGUGAGAUCCCCACCGGCUCCAGGCUACCCCAGAGGGGUUCAGUGGUAAAGAGGCUGAAGUGAGGUGGGGGUGCAGGGACCCCAACCCACUGCCUGUGACACCCCAUGAGGAGGAGCUUGGUUUGUUGGCAGACAGACAUGACCCAACUUUUGUGUCUGCGUUUUAGAUGUGGCUUCUGUAAACAGCCUGUAGUUGGAUUUUGUUUUUUGAUCCAGCUUGACAAAAUUUUUCCUUCCUUCCUUGGAGCCCUGAAUCCAUUUCCAUGUAAUAAAGUUACUGACAUAUUUGGA